AUGUCUAUAUGGAUAUAUGUACACACACACACACACACGCGCGCCCACUUUGUAGUGUGCCACCAACUAAGGACGACAACGCAACAUCUGAGGGACUACUUUGUCAAGUACGGCGGAAUCGUCGAUGCCGUCGUUCUGCGCUGGCCGGAUGGGCGCUCUCGUGGCUUUGGCUACGUCACUUUCUCUGAGGCACAAGGUGCACAAGGGGCUUUGAACGACGCGCACCAGAUUGGGGGGCGGCAAGUGGACGUCAAGAGGGCCGUGCCCGGCACCAACAAGCUCUUUGUGGGGGGCUUGCCGCAGAACACGGCAGCUGCAGAGCUGCGGGAGCACUUCGAGGCAUUCGGAACCGUGUCUGAUGCGGUGGUGAUGAUCGAUCCGGCGACGAACCGCUCGCGCGGCUUUGGUUUCGUUUGUUUCCUACCGGGCCAGGAGGGGGCUGCCUCUGCUGCGUUUGCCCUGGAACAGUACGAGCACCAUCGGAUUCGCGGCAAGUGGAUCGAGGUCAAGAGCGCAGCGCCUCCUCACAAGCUGGCCAAGGAUGGAGCCGCUUCAUCGCCUUCUGCAGCCUCAGAGUCAGGUGUGCCUCCUCAACUCUGCCUGUCUUCGCCGGCGGCCUCACCGACUGCCAGCCCGCUGGCCGGAAGUCCGCAGUCGGGAUCCUCUGCUGCGACUCCGCAGGUCAUGUCGUUGGCGCAGGCGCUGCGCAUGCCCAUCAAAGGCCAGAGCCCGACGGCUGGCCCACAGACCCAGGAACGGCCCGUGGCUUCCCCACAGCAUCGCCACCGCAGCGUGCGCAAUGUUGGCCUGCCCUCGAAGUCCCUGGAGCCACAAAAGGUCAUGCUGCCGGGGGCCGUGGGCAGCCCACCGGGUCUUGGUGCCACAGCUGCGGCCGCCCUGGCUGCCAUGCGCGCGCUGGGUUCGCCCCCUGGUCUGGAGGUCGAGCCUGAGGCCGUCGAGAAUUUGGAAGAGCCUGCGAGUGGCAUGGAUGCCACGCCAGUGGCAAUCCAUGCCACAGACGCCUCCCCGGCUGCCUCGCCAGAGAGCCGGCUGUCGAUGUCUCCUGUCGCGGGUGGCGAGUCGGACACAGAGGCCCACAAGCUGGGUGAGCGGAACACGGUCUUCUCCAACAGCUUCGAGUUGCACAGGAGCUUGGAGCAGCUUAUCCGUCUGCGAGCAGAGGGUGCCGAGACCAGUUCACACCGUUAA